GCUGAUUACGUAUAGUUACGAGAAUUAAAUAUACGUAAAGAAUCGACAGUUGCUUUGAAGAAUUCAUACUGACGUCACUACAUUGAGAAAAACUUUGAUUACAAAUGGCCGCCCUGUGUUGAGAUGUCAAAAACGUGAUAGAAUUUAAUCGUGACACAUGAACGUAGUUUUUGUGGACUUUUUAGUAUUGGUCAUAUCGCUAAAUAUAUAUAUUUUUAAUACCUAUUUAGGGUGACGAUAGACGAAACAAUCAUUUUUUUCAAUCUUUCACAAAAGUGCAAUGGCUUACAGUACUUUUUUGUAUGAUAUACUUGGUAAAGUUUCACAAAUUGUAGGACCUGACAAAGCAGAGAUACAGUUCGUUUUACAUGAAAAUGUCGAAACAGCUUUACUGAAGAAAGAUCGGUUUUAUCAUAAUGGCAGAAGACUCACUGAAAAUGAACCUUUUGAAAAAUAUAUUAAAUGUGGUCUACAGGUUAAGUUUUCAUGUCAUAUUUUUGAUUCUACACCCAAAAAUGCUUACGGAUGGUAUGUCACUAUAUGCUGGCGACAUAAGACUGAGUCUGAGACACAAAUUCAGAUGUGUACAGGAAUGACAAACGUUUUGGGUGAAGUUACUAAAUUAAAAAAACGUCAUGGAACACUUACCAUGGAAGAUAAUGCUGGUAGAGAGCGUAAGGUGCAUUUUUUAGCCAGCAAAUUUUAUGUUCGUGGCAAAAGGUUUCCUGGAUCCAAAGUUUUAUCUAGUGAAUUGAGUCUCGAUGAUAAAGUUUUCUUCGAUGCUAUACCAUGCAUGCCAGAAGAAAAUGAGGAAAAUUGUGAAUGGUUUGCCACAUGUGUAUUUAAGGGACAAAGGCCUCAAUGCAAAGAUGAUGAAAAAUUGAAUGACAACAUCCUGGGAAAUUUAGUUCCACAAACAAGUUCUGAUCGCAUCAUGAAAUCAGGUGCAUGUUUAGCAGAAAUAGUUAAACUUUACAUCAAUGAUCCACGUAAUGUAUUUGUAAGUGGUGCAGGAGUUGUAUUAGAUAUUUUUAACGAUGACUACGGCAUUAUACUGGGUGAAUUUCAACGUAAUCUCUGCGAAACAAUUGUGUUCCAUCGCCGGAAUGCAUUUCUUUUCAAAAUGAGUUUGGCUCAUUCGAAACUUGGUGAAACGUUCAUGGAAGGUUAUCGAAAGAGAUCGACUCAAGUUUAUCGCAGUAAGAGCUCCAAUAAAUUUCAUUACCGACUGGAUCGCAAUUCAAGUUUCUGUUUUUUGCCCGGAAAAUAUGAAUAAUCUGAGCGAUGAUGAGAAUUCACCGGUUAAACAAGAAAUAACUGAAUAAAGAACCGUUUCAUAAAAAAAACUACAUACUAAAGGAAACUACUUGCAGAUCCAAGAUCAAAACACUUAUAGUUACUAUGAUAUUGUAAUUCAAUAUGUAUAAUUAAAAGAAAAUAUUUUUUUUAUCGAA